UCCAGCGCAGGGAACAUUCAGGGGUGUUUGGGGGAGGCGAGUGGGGCUGCAGACGCCCGAGCAGGUGCGGCGGGUGAGAGCCGAGUGAGCCAUGAGGGCGAUCGAGAGGGACCAGGAUAAUUCUGGAAACAGAGAAACGGAGUAGGGGGCUGGAUGAAUUCAGGUGGGAGGGUGGGGACUAUUGAGCCCGUCCCUGCGCUCUGGCCCCUGAAGGGAGACGUGUGGGCGAGGGGAAUGGCCAGUGAAGAGCCAGCGGAGAGAAACUGAAAGGACCGCUGCUGGGAGGGUUUGAGUGAGAUGUCAGGGAGCUGACUUUUUUUUUUUUUUUUUUGCCAAGGGGGUCUAGGCUGUUUGGAUUCCCGGGGCUUUUGGGGGUGGCGCCCCGCCCUACAUGUGGCCACAUUCAUCCUGGGCCCGCACGACCGACCCGGGAGUCAUGGCUUGGUGGUGUCUAGACGGCCUUUCCCAAGGCCUUGCCGAGCCAUGGAGAGAGCUCUGGAGACUGGGCUCCCAGCCCCUGCACUGCAUCUCUUCCUUCUCACCUCCGACCAGGAACACCAGAGACAGUAGACACUGGAGGAGGAGGAGGGUAAAGGCACAGUCCAGAAUCCUGAAAGGGAACAUAGAUGACUGGACACAGAAUCUAGAGACCUCAAGUAAUGCAGAGAUGUUUCGACCUUCAGGUUCCACUGGGUUGAUCCCCCCAUCCCAUUUCCAAGCUCGACCCCUUUCAACUGUGCCAAGAAUGGCUCCCACCUGGGCCUCAGACAUUUUCCCAGCCCCAGACCAUGAAGAUGUCUCAAAAAGAUUGCCAGACAACCAGAGACCUCCAGUGGUGGUGUGGGAACAAGAUGUUUCUGGCACUGGACAGAAACCAGGGUGGAGAGGCAGGUCUGUGGAGAUAGCAGGGUCACAGGCUCUGAGCCAGCAGGCUGAGUUGAUUUCUCGUCAACUGGGAGAGCUGCGGCGCCUUGAGGAGGAGGUCCGAGUCCUCCGGGAGACCUCACUGCAGCAGAAGAUGAGGCUGGAGUCACAGGCCAUGGAGCUGGAGGCUCUGGCACGAGCAGAAAAAGCUGGUCGGGCUGAGGCUGAGGGCCUGCGUGCUGCCUUGGCUGGGGCCGAGGUUAUCCGGAAGAACCUGGAGGAGGGGAGUCAGCGAGAGCUAGAAGAGGUUCAGAGGCUGCACCAAGAGCAGCUCUCCUCCCUGACACAGGCUCACCAGCAGGCUCUUUCCAGUUUGACUAACAAAGCUACAGAGUUGGAGAAGUCUCUGAAUAGUCUGGAAACCAGGAGGGCAGGAGAAACCAAGGAGCUGACAGUGGCCCAGAAGGAGGCCCAGCUGCUACAGAAGCAGCUGAGCAAGACCCAAGAAGACUUGGAGGCUCAGGUGACCUUGGUUGAAAAUCUAAGGAGAUACGUGGGGGAUCAAGUUCCUCCUGAGGUCCGCGGUCAAAGGUGGGAACCUGAGCGACAGGAGCUUCUAGAAACCGUGCAGCACUUGAAGGAGGAGCGGGAUGGUCUGCACACAACAACAGAACUGCUGCAGGUGCGUGUGGACAGCCUUAUACACAUCCUCUCCAUACAGGAGGAAGAGCUGGCUAGGAAGGUUCAGUCUUCUGAUGGCCUGGAGCCCGACUUCACCAGGAAGUGCCAGUCCCUGCUGCAAGGUUGGCGGGAUAAAGUAUUUGCCCUCAUGGUGCAGCUGAAGGCCCAGGACCUGGAGCACAGAGCACUCGUGGAACAGCUGAAGGGACAGGUGGCAGAACUUCAGGAAAAAGCUACAGCCCAGAGCCAGGAGCAGACCAUCCUGCAGCGCUCUUUGCAGGACAGAACUGCGGAGGUGGAGGUGGAGCGGCUGGGCGCCAAGGCCCUGCAAAUGGAGCUGAACCGUGCACAGGAGGCCAAGCGUCGGCGCAAGCAGCAGACAGCUGAGACUGAGGAGCAGCUGAAGCUUGUAGUCAGUGCUGUUAACAGCUUUCAGACCUGGCUCCUGGGUACAAUGACAGAGGUGGAGCUGGCGGUAGCCCGGCUGCCUGGCCUCAGCAACCGAGUCAGCUAUGCCGUCCGAAAGGUGCACACCAUUCAGGGUCUAAUGGCUCGAAAAAUGGCCCUUGUUCAGCUGCGCCAGGAAAGGGAGCAGCAGAGCUGCCCUCCACCCCCACCAGACACGGAUAUGAGCCUUGAGUUGGAGCAGCUACGGGAAGAGCGGAAUCGCCUGGAUGCAGAGCUGCAGCUGAGUGCCCACCUCAUCCAGCAGGAGGUGGGCCGGGCCCGGGAGCAAGGAGAGGCAGAGCGGCUGCAGCUGAGUGAGGUGGCCCAGCAGCUGGAGCAGGAGCUCCAGCGGACCCAGGAGUCAUUGGCCAGUGUGGGGCUGCAGCUGGAAGCAGCUCGCCAGGGCCAGCAGGAGAGCACAGAGGAGGCUGCCAGUCUCCGGCAGGAGUUGACCCAACAACAGGAGAUCUACGGGCAAGCUCUGCAAGAGAAGGUGGCAGAAGUGGAAACUCGGCUUCGGGAACAGCUCUCAGAAUCAGAAAGGAGACUGAAUGAGGCUCGGAGAGAGCAUGCCAAAGCCGUGGUCUCCCUGCGUCAAAUGCAGCGCAAAGCGGUCCGUGAAAAGGAACGGAACCAGGAGCUCAGGCGCCUACAAGAUGAGGCUUGGAAGGAGGAGGGACUGCGGCUAACCCAGCGUGUACGGGAGCUUGAGAAGGACAAGAACAUCAUGCUGGCCACCUUGCAGCAGGAGGGUCUCCUCUCCCGUUACAAGCAGCAGCGACUGUUGACAGUACUGCCUUCCCUGCUGGAUAAGGAAACGCCUGUGGAGUCGAGCCUUGAGCCCCCAGGAUCACCAGUACCUGUACGCCCAGAAGCAGUUCUCUCCACCAGGGAGUCCAUUAAAGGAUCCCUGUCAGUCCUGCUUGAUGACCUGCAGGGCCUGAGUGAAGCCAUUUCCAAAGAGGAAGCUAUUUCUCAAGGAGACAACCAGAAUUCUGCUCCCAUCUACCGCUGAGCAGACAGCACUCCAUGGGGGCACAAGAGGAUCUUGGAGAAGUGGGUUGAGAAGGCUGUGUGUGGGUUAGCAUCCUUGCUUCCCUAUUGGGGGGCACCAGCCGCCAAGUUGCCUGUGAAUUCUGUGACUCAAUAAAGAUGAUUAUACUGGA